AUGACUCGCCUUCUACAGUCCCUCAGGCGCGCCCUAGGGUGGACUCCGCCGAAGACUGCUCCACGAGCUCGCAUUAUCAACACAGAUUUCUCCGUCUUUCAAGAGGGCGAUCGAGCCGUGUUGCAUACCAAGCAGCCUUCCCUGACGAAGCCAUUGACGAAAGGCAGCAAGACAAAUCUGCGUCGGGGCUACGUGGAGCAUGAUCGCAUCAUCGGAAGUCGAGUCCGCGAUGCUGUUCAGGCACACAAAGGUCCGGAUCUCCGACUGAGUCUUCCCACGUUGGAAGAAUAUGUUGCCCUAACACCUCGACAUGUGACACCGAUUUACGCCCACGAUGCCAACCUGAUCGUCUCCCUCCUCGACAUUCAUGUCAACCCUCCCGCAGCCCAGUCUGAACCUCCGAUAGAGAUCCUCGAGUCUGGCACCGGCCAUGGCUCUUUGACUCUACACUUGGCACGCGCCAUUCACGCGGCAAACACGACUCCACCUCCUCCGCCUCGGCGAUCUCAAAUUCGGUUCGUCGAAGAUCGACUCCAACGACCAGGAGAGAAAGAGUCAGAAGACAAGCAGUCAGCCACGAAUAUCGACCCUUCACAACAGGAAUGGGAUGAAUGGCGGGCACAGCGCGGGGCUGUCAUCCACUCCGUGGACGUCUCGUCAAAAUUCUCCGCGCUAGCUGAGAGCAACGUACGGGGCUUCCGCCGCGGUAUCUAUACCGGUGAUGUUGAUUUCUACGUUGGUCCGGUCGAGAACUGGGUCGCAGAACAGAAUCAGCAGCGAACCAAGACCGGUGUCCUGGCUUCGCUUACCGGUUCGAGAUCAGUUGAGCCCUACCUGUCUCAUGUCAUCCUCGACAUGCCGUCCGCACACCUUCGGAUCCCCCAUGUAGCUCCUGUCAUGAAACGAGACGGUAUGCUGGUCGUAUUCAUGCCCAGUAUCACUCAGGUUGGUGACUGUGUCAAGAUCAUCCGGGAGAACCGACUGCCAUUUUUCCAAGAACGAGUGGUCGAACUUGGCAUUGGAAUCAGCAGUGGCCGGCAAUGGGAUGUCCGUCUCGUGGCUAAGAAGUCCGGUGCUGACCCUUCUUCCUGGGGACCUUCCGAGGCUGAUGAAGCUACUCCCGCUGACGCUGACGAGCCAGCUUCAGAAAGUACCGUUGAUGUCCCUGCCCUGGAAGAAUUGGGCAAGGAAGAUGAUACGGUCAUGGUCUGCCGUCCCAAAGUCGGUUUACGCACGAUGGGUGGGGGUUUUGUCGGAGUCUGGCGACGCAUUGAGGAUCCCUCUACGCGGUAA